GGGCGGGUCCUCCCGGGGCGGUCCAGCCGGAGGGUCCUCAGUCCAUCUGGAUGUGGAGCGGCCGAGCAGAGCGCCCACCGCCGAGCGGAGAGAUCCCAUCGGGGCGCCGUCAUGCUCCGGGGCCCGCUGUGCUCGCUGCUCCUGCUGCUGGCGCCGCAGCUGCUGGACGCUGCGCACGGCGACUAUAAUGUCUCCCGGAGGACAUUUGAGCUCGACUACAGCCAGGACCGCUUCCUCAAGGAUGGGAUGCCAUUCCGGUACAUCUCAGGAAGCAUUCACUACUUCCGGAUACCCCGCUUCUACUGGAAGGACCGGCUGCUGAAGAUGAAGAUGACUGGGCUGAACGCGAUCCAGAUGUACGUGCCCUGGAACUUCCACGAACCCCAGCCAGGACAGUACGAGUUUUCUGGCGACCGUGAUGUGGAGCAUUUCAUUCAGCUGGCUCACGAGCUGGGCCUCCUGGUGAUCCUGAGGCCCGGGCCCUACAUCUGUGCAGAGUGGGACAUGGGCGGCUUACCUGCUUGGCUGCUAGAGAAAGAAUAUAUUGUCCUCCGAUCUUCUGACCCAGACUACCUUGCGGCUGUGGAUAAGUGGCUGGCAGUCCUUCUGCCCAAGAUGAAGCCUCUGCUCUACCAGAACGGAGGGCCCAUCAUAACCGUGCAGGUUGAAAAUGAGUAUGGCUCCUACUUUGCCUGCGAUUACAACUACCUGCGUUUCCUGGCACACCGCUUCCGCUUCCAUCUGGGCGAUGAAGUCCUCCUCUUCACCACCGAUGGGGCCAAUGUAAAAUCAUUGAAGUGUGGGACCCUGCAGGGCCUCUAUGCCACAGUGGAUUUCGGAACAGGUAGCAAUUUCACAAAAGCUUUCAUGAUCCAGAGGAAGAUCCAACCCAAAGGACCUUUGAUCAACUCUGAGUUUUACACUGGCUGGCUCGACCACUGGGGUGAGAGGCAUUCUACAGUGGAGGCUAAAAAAGUGGCCGCCUCCCUCUAUGAUCUGCUCGCCCUCGGAGCCAGCGUGAACAUGUACAUGUUUAUAGGUGGGACCAAUUUUGCCUAUUGGAAUGGUGCCAACACGCCCUACUCAGCACAGCCCACCAGCUACGACUAUGAUGCCCCACUGAGCGAGGCAGGGGACCUCACUGAGAAGUAUUUUGCUCUUCGAAAUGUCAUUCAGAAGUUUAUAGAUAUCCCGGAAGGCCUUAUCCCUCCAUCUACACCCAAGUAUGCAUACGGAAAAGUUGCCCUGAGAAAGUUCAAGACAGUGGCCGAAGCUCUGGGCAUCCUGUGUCCCAAUGGACCUGUGAAAAGCCUUUAUCCCUUGACGUUCGUCCAGGUAAAGCAGUAUUUUGGGUUUGUGCUUUACCGAACAACGCUCCCUGAAGAUUGCAGUAAGUCAACGCCCAUUUCCCUCCGUGGGGUCCACGACCGGGCCUAUGUCUCCGUGGACGGGGUGCCCCAAGGAAUCCUCUCGAGAGACCAUGUGACCACUCUGAACGUACAGGGCAAAGCUGGGGCCUCUCUGGACAUUCUGGUGGAGAACAUGGGGCGCGUGAACUAUGGCCCAAACCUCAGAGACUCUAAGGGUUUGGUGUCUAACGUGACCCUCAACGGCACCAUCCUUACCAACUGGACAAUCUUCCCACUGGACACCGAGACUGCGGGACGAAGCCACCUUGCAGCCUGGGAAGCCUGUGGUGAGGGCCGCCAUGACGAAGGCCCCCUCCUUUCAAAUUACACACUCCCCACCUUUUACGUGGGCAACUUCUCCAUUCCCUCAGGCAUCCCAGACCUGCCCCAGGACACUUUCAUCCAGUUCCCUGGAUGGGUCAAGGGCCAAGUGUGGAUCAACGGCUUUAACCUUGGCCGAUACUGGCCCAUAAUGGGCCCACAGAUGACCUUGUUUGUGCCCAGGAACAUUCUGACCGCUGAAGCCCCAAACAACAUCACGGUGCUGGAGCUGGAGUCUGCACCCUGCAGAUGCGGGACCCCAGAGCCGUGUGUGGUGGAGUUUGUUGACAGGCCAGUUUUUGUCUGACCGCCAGUGGCCGUUUCCCAGGCCAAGUCUGGUCAGGGCUCAGGGCCCAACCGCCUGUGAGGACUGCUCAUUCGAGAAUGGAAGGUACCAUGAAGGAGGUGUGUCCCGCCGGCGGCUCUCUACAGCCCUGCCUUGCCCGACCCCUACCCUUAUGGCCGCCAGGCAUGCUGGAGGAAGUGGGCAUGGCAGGAAUCCACAGCCGAUGUUCGGAGUUGGAACAAAACCUGAAGAAUCAUGUCUCGUAUUUUGAUUUGAAAUAAUCAUGUCUUUCUCCUGAAUAAAAUGUGUACUCGGGC